UUUCUCGUAGAUUUCACCAAUCCACGAAAAGCAUUCUUGUGGGAAAGUAUUUAAAACGAAAAUGUUAACGGUUUGUCGUUGAAAGUUAGCAGUAUACAAUCAGUGCAGAAUAUUUAUUUUGGAUCAGUUCUUUAAGAGUUUGUGUAAUAUAUGUAAUAACCAUUAAUUUAUUAGUUUGUAUGUCUUAGCUACAUUCUUGAAAUCGAAGAUGGAUGACACAUUAGAUUCUAUUAGACCAUCUUGUGAUGUAAAUCCACAAGCAGAAAUGUCAUAUUUAUUUGGAAGAGACCCAAGUAUCUUAGCCUAUGGACAAAGACCAUGUAUUUCAAAAGAGACAAAAAAAAAUUUAAUGUCUGUCUAUGAGGCUGAAGAAUGUUAUUCCUUGGAAGAGAAUGGUACAAUAAAUUCAGAAUCACAGUCAUUCCAGACUGUUAAAGUAUAUUUGAGGAUGAAGCCAUUUCCAAAAAACUUGAAACUGUCUCAAGAUCAACAGAAUGCAUUUCAAAUUACUAGUUCUGAUACUUUGUUAACAAAAUUACCUUCUUUAGAGAAUAAUGCCAGUUACAUUAAGGGUAUCAGUGGUACUAAUACUAUAUGUAGAAAAUUUACAUUUACUCGUACAUUUGGACCAGAGACUACUCAGUUAGAACUAUUUGAACAAGCUGUUAAACAGCACAUGGAAGAUUUCUUAGCUGGCCAAAAUUCAACUAUCAUGACUUAUGGUACAACUAAUUCAGGGAAAUCAUAUACAUUACAAGGUACUACAACAUCUCCUGGUAUCAUACCAAGAUGCCUAGAAUUUGUUUUCUCAAAUAUUACACCAAAAUCGACUCCCUUUUAUAAACCAGUGAAUCAUUGCAAUGUUGUUCAUUUGAACCCUGUUGAACGUGCUCAAGAAUUAGAAAUGAAAACAAAAUUAUUAACGUAUGCUUCAAUGGAUAAACAUCACUACAUCAAUACCUACAAAGAAAUGCAAAAACUAUUGCAAGAAGAAUCACCGAGUCGACCUAGUCAAUGCAAUGAUGUGCACUGCUCUGUUUGGGUAUCUUUUGCUGAAAUUUAUAAUGAAGUUGUAUAUGAUCUUUUAUCUAACGAGAUUCAGAAAAAAAGGAUACCUCUGAAAUUGGCUACAGACUCACGGGGUAGAGCAUUUAUCAAAGGCUUAAAAACAGUGUGUGUCAACUCGGGUUCUGAAGCUUACCAGGUUUUGAUGGCUGGACAAUAUAAUUUGAAAGUAGCUGCAACUGCUUUAAAUGCAAAGAGCUCAAGAUCACAUUGCAUAUUCACCAUUAAAUUAUUGAAGUAUUAUACUGAACACGAUCCAGACAAUGUUGAAGUUAGCACGUUUGCUUUCUGCGAUUUAGCUGGCUCAGAACGUUUAAAAAAGACACUAAACAUUGGAGACAGAUUAAAAGAAGCGCAAAACAUUAAUACAAGUCUAUUGGUAUUAGGAAGAUGUUUAAAAACAAUUCAUGAUGGUCAGUUAUCUAAACAGAAAAUAGAACAUGUAGGUCCAUUUAGAGAAUCAAAACUAACGAGACUUUUCCAAAAAGCACUUUCUGGUAAAGAACAUAUAGCUUUGAUAGUAAAUAUUAAUCCUUUACCAAACUUGUAUGUUGAAACCCAAAAUGUUUUGAAUUUUUCUGCUAUUGCAAAGAAAAUAGUUAUAGAACCAAAAGAGAAAAUAUAUAAGAAGAAGUCAAGAUUUUCACAAAUAGUUGCACAAAGUAUAAAAACAGAGACUGAUUGGGAUGCUACAGAAUUAGGAAGUGAAGAAUGGCACAAUAAUGGUCAUAGUAUAUCUGGUUAUGUUCAUGCUGAAGUUUAUGAUGAUUUAAUGAUAGAAAAUGAAAGGCUGAAAAAAGAAAUUGCUACUUUGAAGAGUUCUGCAUUAAGUAGGGAUUUACAGAUACGCCAAGAAAUGGCUGAUACUUAUACAACUAUAAUGAAAGAACUUGAAACCGAGUGGAAGAAUCGCAUAAAGGAUGUCGAAGAACAACAAGAAGAUAUGCUUCAAUGGUCUGUCAAACAAGUUGAAGAUUUCUAUAAGCGUAAGUUAGAUCAACUUAGCAGUUGUAAAAGAAAACGUCCAUCGCUUGAAGAGAACGAUGCUAACGAUUCAAGAAACAUAGAAGAGCUGGAAAUGCAAAAUUCCCGUAUGAAAUCGAAGAUAGUAUUGCUCAAAAAUAAUAUAAAAGAAACUAAAGAAUUGAAUCAAUCGUUAACAGUUGAAAAAAAUAAACUAAGUUUUGAAUUGAGCUUGAUGAAAGACGAUUUAAACAGCGUAAAGAAUUUAUUGAAUGAAGCUCAGAAAGAUGUUUGUUCAGAUGAAGAUAAAACAUGUUAUGUAGAGGAAUUAAAAUCGCAAUUAUUUGCUAAACAAGAACAAGUGAAGAAAUUAAAAGUGUUCUUAAAUGAGGCCAAGGAAGAGUACAUUGCUAUCACCACGGAAGUGAGGGAGAAAGAAUACACCAUCAAAGAACAAGAAGAAGAAUUACUUGAAAAACAGGAAACAAUAGAUGAGUUAGAAACAGAUUAUGGAAAUUUGAGUAUUCAGUUAAUAGAAAAGACUAAUGCGGUGGAGGUGUUGGAUGAAAAAUUAAAAAGUCAGAAUAUAGAACUGAUGAAUUAUGAAAAUAAAGUGCAAGAUAUGCUAGAACAAAUAGACAAAUUGAAGAGUGAGAAAUUACUACUACUGGAUGAAAUUCAAUUACUAAAGAAGACAAUUUCGACUGAAAAUAUUACGCAAGACUUGAAACGUGAAAGUGAUGUAUUUAAAAAUGAUCAGAAUACUUCAAAAGAUGACAAAAGUCAAGAAAUCACGGUGACAGUGGAAGUUUCUACUAAUAACAAGAUAGAAACAUUAAAUAAAUCAACCGAAAUUUAUGAGAAUAUAGUACAUUUGACUACUGACGCUCAAAUUGAAGAAAAACUAAUUGCUGUGGAAUUAGAGAAUUCAGGUCUGAAAGAGAAAUUAACUCAAAGUACAGUUGAGAUACAAAGUUUGAAAGAAGAACUGGAUUUAGCUAAAAUCAAAUUAACGAAUCUGUCUAAUCAAAUAAACAGUUUGCAAAUUAACACCAGAGAAGCUAAAGUUAAAAAUGAGGAAUCUGUUCAGCAUAAAGUUGAAGUAGAAACAACAGAGACAGGAUGCCAAGUGUACAUUAAGUCUGAAGAAAAACAAGUAGAAGAUAACGAAAACGAAGUUCGCGAUAAAAGCAGUCAAACUGUUGAAAAUACUACAAAUGAAGAAAUUACACAAACAAGCUUUGUGGAAUUCGAUGAUUCUGACCUCGUUUUGGAUGAGCUAAGCAAACUAACAGUAAAAUACGAUGAUCUGAAGACACAGCUGAAGGAAAAAUGUCAAAUGCUAGAAGAUUUACAACAAGAAAUAUCAUCUGUAAAGCAAAAAUUAAAGAGUGCCUUGGAAGAAAGUAAUACAAACACAGUUGAAUUGUUACAAAAUGAACUUUCUCUUCUUAAAGAUGGCAAAAUGCAUCUUGAGCAAGCAUUGAAAGAUAGUGAUAAUAAUAAGGCGACAUUGGAGACAAAGAUUAGUGAUUACGAGCAACGAGUGAAUAAAACUGAACAGGAACUUUUAGAUGCUAAAAUUGAUUACAAUCAGUGUGUAGAAAAAUUGAAUGCUUUACAAACAGAAUUUAAUAAUCAUGUUUCAAAGUGUAAAAACGAACACGAAGAAACAAUAAAUAAAUUACAAAUUGAUCUCAGCAAUGCAAUAGAAAAGAGCGAUAUUAAGGCAAAGUGCUUAGAUGUUCAUGCCGCAAGAAUUAUGGAAUUGGAGCACAAUCUCGGUACUGUAACAGAGCUUGAAAAACAAAUUGAAGAGCUGAAUAAAAAUUUAGAAAUGUGUCAGGAUGAAAAAGAACAUUUACAAAAUCUAUUGGACGAAAAUAAUGAUAAACUUUUAGACCUUGAGGAUCGCUUAGAAAGUGCAAAAGAGAUGGAACGAGAAAAAGAUGCCGAAAUAAUGUCCCUUCAAACAGGAAUGAAGUGUGAACUUCAAAGAAACAAUAAAUACGAUAAAGACGAUAAAGAUGAUAAAGACUAUAAGGACGAUAAACUAAUGGAGAUAGAGAUGAAAAAUACUAUUAGAGAUUUAAUGGAAACACAAGAGAACCUUUGUAAAAAAGAAAAAUAUAUUAACGAGUUAGAAAUGCGUGUGAAGACAUCCGAGGAAAACGUUAAAAUGUUAGAGUUGUUGCAACAAAGUGCUCAAGAGAGGCAGGCAGAAAUCGACAGGUUAAGGACCAUAAACGAAGAAUUAAAGAAUAGUCUAACUGAAAAUGAGCAUGAAAUGAAAACCUUUAUGAAAAAUAGAGAUAAGAUGGUCGCAAAGUACGAGACUCUUGUAAAGAAUCAACAAGAGGAAUUGGAGAGACAAAGACGAUUGAUAACAAAGAAUCAGUCUAAGGAAAAAGAUUACAGUGAAAAUACGUCUGAAGAUGAAGUGGUACUAAAAGAACGCAGACUAAGGCGGCCGCCAAAGAAAUAUUCUCCUACAUCAGAUGAUAUAUCAGUAAUAGAGCUUCCCAAUUCAGAGACCAAAAAAAAUAAUAAAUGUGCUAUAUUUCCACCUCCUACGGAGCCAAUUUCGGAAAGGAAAAGAAACACUCGCAAGAAGAAGUUAUUCGUAACAGAAGAUGAAUUUGUUCAAGAUAUUGAACCAAUGGAGAUUACGGUAGCAAGUACACCAUCAACUCUGAAAUCUCGUAGUUUGAGAACCAGACGAAAAUGAUUGAUUGUAAAUAAAACAUAUCAAUUCAGAAUCAUGGAAAGCGAAAAGUAAAGUAUGGUGUCCGUGAUAAUAUUUAUAGAAAACAGUACUAAUUGUAAGCAAGAUACGCUUUCUGUGAUAUUUUUGUACCAAACUUAUUAUUGGGUGUCCUAUAACUUCAAACAUAGUGUAAGGUUAACGAUGAAACAGUAUUUAUGUACAUAUCUUUCAAUCGUAGUUAUUAUUGAAAAUAAUGUAUUUUUUAAGCAUUGCGUUAUUUCCUUAUCCAUGUCAUCUGUUUUAUGAAAUGUAAAAACAUGAAAAGUAAUUUAAAGUGGUAUUUGUACGGAAUGAUUGUUCACACGCAUUAUAGAUUUUGUAAUUUAAUGUCAUAGAAAUUAAAAGUAAGAAAUAAAA